CUCUCAAAAAUUACAAUAUCCUAGUAUCCUACAAACUUUUCUGACCAGAGGCAGAAACGGUUGGCCGAGAAUGAUGGAAGCUCUACUCGCCCUUCCAUCUUCAUCCGUUUCGCUCCAGCGCAACUCAGCUCGCACUUCUCCGGCUCCUUGUCGCCACCUCAACCACCGAUCUUCCGCCGCCGCCGCCGCAAAACCGGCUCCUAAACUAGAGCCUAGCAACAAGCCGACUUCUUACAACUCUCGCUCUAAUUUCAGCCCGGGCGUCUCGGUGGCUCCUCCUCCUCCUCAUCGACCGCUCACAUCCGCUGCGGAAUUGGAAUUCAUCUCCUCCAGCCACCUAUCUAACCUCAAUCUCUACGCAGACAUUGCUUCUAACCUCGCCCAGGACGGGAAGUUCCAGGAUUUCUUGACAAUGGUGGAAAACGUCGCCUCCUCCGCAAUGGAAGCUGCGGAUUUUGUCCGGCUCCUGAAUGUGAAACAAAUUUCUACUGGAAUUGCGCGAAGGAUCGAAGAAGGGAGCGUAGGGAGUGUUGUUGAGCUGCUUGGCAGUGUUCAGAAGCUGCAAAUUGAUCCUCGCCUGCUGCUAGUUGAUGCUGCUAGUGACGCCCUUCGGAAGGAGUGUCAGCGAAUUGUGGAACACGGACAGGUAGAAGAAUUUGUUACUUUGAUGGAAACACUCCAAGGGUAUGGUUUGCCAAUUAAAGAAUUCGCGGAGCCCUCAAAAAUCAUAAGGCUUUGUGUAAGAAAAUUAGACCCAGGUGCUGCCAUCAGGUAUGCACGUAUUUUUUCACAUGCACAAAUUCUGUUAUGCACCAUAAUUCUUGAAUUUGGGAAGAAAGGUAACUUGGAAUCUGCUCUCACUGUGUUCGAAGCAUCAAAACAGGGGUUGAAUUCUCCUAAUAUGUUUGCAUACCGGGCAAUUAUAGAUGCUUGUGGUCUUUGUGGUGACUUCUUAAAGUCUAGAGCCAUAUACAAGGAGUUAAUUUCUCAAGGCGCAACCCCAAAUACGUAUGUUUUCAACAGCCUCAUGAAUGUAAAUGCUUGUGAUUUGAGCUACACGUUGUCUCAGUACAGGAAAAUGAAGGAGUUAUGCAUUACAGCUGAUAUGACAUCCUAUAACAUCCUUCUAAAGUCGUGCUGUCUUGCUGGAAGAGUUGAUCUAGCCAAAAACAUUUACAAGGACGUGAAAUCUUUGGAAUUGACGGGAGCAUUGAAAUUAGAUGUCUUCACGUACAGCACCUUAAUUAAGGUCUUUGCAGACGCAAAAAUGUGGCAAAUGGCUCUCGAAAUCAAACAAGACAUGAUAUCAGCCGGUGUUACUCCAAAUGUUAUUACAUGGUCAUCAUUGAUCAGUGCAUGUGCUAAUUCAGGCCUUGUAGACCAAGCAAUUCAGUUGUUCAAGGAGAUGCUUCAGGCUGGUUGUAAACCUAGUGCAAAAUGUUGCAACUCUGUCCUUCAUGCUUGUGUUGAAGCAUAUCAGUAUGACAGGGCCUUUCGGCUUUUCAGGUCCUGGAAAGAAAAUAGGCUGCAGGACAAUUAUAAGAGAAAUAUUGACAACAGUAUGAGUGACAACCACAGUCCUGGAAAUUGUGCUAGCUCACAAAACUGCACCUCUGGAUCAAGUCUAGAACUGUUCUCUAUUGAAUUUAUACCCACAACAUCAACUUAUAACACUUUGAUGAAGGCAUGUGGCACUGAUUACCAUCGAGCUAAAGCUUUGAUGGAUGAGAUGAAAACCGCGGGUCUUUCUCCUAACCAUAUAAGCUGGUCCAUUUUGAUUAGCAUAUGUGGAAGCUCAGGAAAUGUACAGGGGGCAAUGCAGGCAAAGGGGGACAGGGCCACGUGCACCCACGUGGAGGCGCGUUCUCGGAGGGUGGGAAGUGAUGGCCGUCGUCCUCUUGCUGCCUUGUCGCCUUGCGAGGGAGAUUGUGCCCUUGUCGCGUACUGGCUUGGACAGAUUCCUUCAGCAUCUCCAGCGAUCCUCCACUGACAUGGGUCGCUACACGCCAAGCCCUUUUAGAUUCUCUUCUGCCGACAUUUUCCAACCCUAGAAACCAUACCGGGUGGUUCCUGAGGGAUGAGUUU